AUGGCGUCAUUAAAUCUUUCCACGAACGGCCCCUCCAUCAAGAGCAGCUACCAGGGCGUCAUCAAUGGCCCCGCUCUCUCCUCAACGUCCUCGACCGCCUCGCGCUGGGCUCUCUUUACCGUACAAGCGCCACUUCAAAAUGCCUUCCAGAACACGGGCGCGAAGGAGAGCGUCUUGAAGGUCGAAAGCACUGGUGAGGGCGAACUCGCUGAGCUUAUCGAUGAGUUUAGUGAAGGCCGCGUCCAGUUCGCCUUCGCACGAGUCAAGGACCCAAACUCCGGCCUCCCCAAAAACAUUCUGAUCGCUUGGUGCGGUGGCGGCGUUCCCGAACGGACCAAGGGGUACUUCACAAGCCACGUUGCCGCCGUGUCCAAGGUGCUGCACGGUUACCAUGUCCAGAUUACUGCUCGCUCCGAUGCCGACCUCGCCCCCGAAGAUAUUGUGCAGAAGGUGGCGGAUGCGUCGGGCGCUAAAUACUCAACUGGAGCUUCGGCGCCGUCCGCCGCAGCCGCACCCCCUCCGGUCGCCAAGAAACCCGUCUUUACCCCGACAAGUUCCGGAUCCGGUGGGUCUUUCAACCCCCUCGUUGCCGCACGCAAUCGGCGGCAAGGGCCUUCGGAUAACGAUGGUUGGGGUGCCGACGCCCCUCCCGUAACGCGCACACAAAUCGAGAAGGUCGAGUCCGCGUACAAACCCACAAAGGUUGACAUCGCCGGCCUUCGAAAGAACAAUGACGAUUCCCGCCUCAAUGCGCCCUCGGGGCAAGACGAUGGGCCGAGCGACGUUGUCAGAGGAGGUUAUCAGCCAGUUGGCAAGAUUGAUAUCGCCGCGCUGAGGGCCCAGGCCAAACAAGAUGACCGCCCUACCGUGGUCAAAGGCGCGUACGAGCCUGUCGGCAAGGUAGAUAUCGCCGCCAUCCGGGCCAAGGCACAGCGUCCAUCCGAGGAGACUCAAGAAUCAGCCCCGGCGCCCAAGAGCCUCGCUGAGCGUAACCAGGCCUUCACGCCGUCCGAACGACUCACCGAACUCCCAAAGCCCAAAGUUGUCAAAAACUUUGGCAGCACACCCUUCAGCGGUACCAAGGCACCGACCCCUACCGGUUUAGGGUUCGGCGGCCCGUCUGCCCCAGCACCUCCGCCUAUGGGGGCUGCCAGCCGUACCUUUGCCGAUCAGGGCGGUAAGACUCCGGCGCAACUUUGGGCUGAGAAAAAGGCCAAGCAAGGAGGCGCUGCUAGCGUUGCAUCUCCGGCCGUAGCAUCUCCCAUCGCGGCCCAAAAGAGUGGCAGCGAGUGGAAGAGCGGCUAUGUGGGCAAGAGUUGGGCGCCCGUUCAAACUAGCAACUACGGUCGGGGCGGUGUAGAGAAACACGCGACGGGAGGCUCGGAACAACCCGAAGCGGAAGGCGAACAGCCCGGUGACACGGGCGCUGGUGGGAUUUCGGCGCUUCGCGACAGGUUUAAGGACGCUGCGCCCAUGGGUGCCACGGCCCGGGCCGCUCCUAGUCCCCCCGUUCAUGGGGAAGAGGAAGCGGCAGCUCCCCCUUUGCCGUCGGGGGGGACUCGGCCCGCCGGUGGUUUUGCUCUGCCUGGUUUGCCGUCCCGACCUGCAGCACAUAACCAAGAGGAAACGGAGGAAGCCGACAUCCCACCCUCCAUCCCAUCCCGCAACUACGAGGAACCGGAGCCAUCUCCUCCCCCGUCCCCACCUCGGGUUGCCGUGCCGGUUGCCCGCAGCACCGCGCCCGACAUUCAGCCUGCAGCCGAAACCCUUCCUCCCCGGCCCAUUCCCGUACCACAGGAGGUGCCUAGGGAGGAGGACCUCCCCGCUGAGCGUGAGACGCACAACCCUCGGGCUGCCGCCGUUGCGGGUGUAGCGGGUGCGGCGGUUGCUGGGGGGGCAGUGGCCCACGCCGCCGACACCGAUGAUGCCGGGACGGCGGGCGGAAAGAAGGCUAUAAUUCAGUACGAUUACGAGAAGGCCGAGGACAAUGAAAUCGAGCUCCGGGAGGGCGAAUUUGUGACCAACAUCGAGAUGGUCGAUGAUGACUGGUGGAUGGGUACAAAUAGCCAAGGCGAGGUGGGCUUGUUCCCCAGCAACUACGUUGAGCUUGUCGACGAGGAUGAGGCUGCACCCGCUCCGCCCGCUCCGGCCCCGGCCCCGGCUGCGGCUCCGACUCCGGCCCCCGCCCCUGUGCCACAACAUGAGGAGCCAGCCGCGGCUACCGGAGGAGCGACUGCAACUGCGCAGUUUGAUUAUGAGGCUGCAGAAGACAACGAAUUGAGUUUCCCGGAGGGUGCUACGAUCACAGAUCUGGACUUCCCCGACGAGGACUGGUGGUUCGGUCACUACAACGGGGCGUCUGGCUUGUUCCCGGCCAACUACGUCCAGCUUGAUUCGUGA